AUGCGUAGUUUGAUAACAUCUGAUAAGCAGUUUCAUGUUGUAGUACAUGAUAAGAAUGACGUAGUUCCACGUUUUACAGUUGAUCUAUUCACGGGUACCAUUGAAGAGGAACAGACACCGACAGAAUUUCUUACCAAGUACAAUGGUAAUCCUAUUGCGAUGGUUAGAGCGGAAGAUGCUGAUUCACCGGGUCCACAAUCCGAUGUGCGCUAUCGGAUUAUCAAUGAUGGUGAUAACGGGGCAGGAAGAUUGUUUCGGAUCGAUGAGAUAAAUGGUGGAAUAUUUCCAGUUGAGAUUUUUGAUCGUGAAAAAAAUGAUUCGUUCAUUUUUGAUGUUGAAGCACGUGAUAGUGCCCCAUCAAGUUUACCUGGCACUUCGGGACCGAAUAGAGAUAUCGUUAAAGUACAAAUUUUUGUUGCUGAUAUUAAUGAUAAUGCUCCAUACUUCGAGCAAACUCGUUACGAAGCUCGAAUUACAGAAAAUGCGGAAAUUAAUGAAGAUGUGAUCACUGUAAAAGCUUAUGAUUUGGAUCGAUUACCAAAUCUUAAAUACGAUUUGUAUGCUGUACACGGUGGACGAAUACCAUUUGGAGUUCGAACCGAUUCCGGUGCGCUCUUUGUUAAAGAACCACUCGAUUAUGAAAAGGAAACUGUAUAUCAUAUGAAACUUUUUGUAACGGAUGGUAAACAUAAUGCUACAACGGAUUUAUAUGUGUACAUUGAUGACGUAAAUGAUAAUGCACCUCAGUUUGAAAAUGAUUUAUAUGAGAUUACAAUAUUGGAGGAAGAUCGAGAUGUACCGAAGACAUUGUUUAUUGUUAGAGCAACUGAUGCUGAUAAGCAAGAUGACUCAUCCAAAAUUGUUUAUCGUUUGGAAGGACAAGGAGUUGGUGAAUUCUUCCGAAUUGGUCAAUAUAGCGGUGAUAUUGAGGUAAUACGGCCAUUGGAUCGUGAUCCACCAGCCGGUGUAUCGGUAUGGAAAUUUAUUGUACAGGCAAUUGAUGAAGAUGGUCAUGGAUUAAUUGGUUAUGCUGAUGUACAGGUUAAUUUACGUGAUAUUAAUGAUAAUGCACCAAUAUUUGCUAGCAAUUUAUUUGGAACAAUCGAUGAAAAUCGUGAUCCUGGAGAUGAAGGUGUGUUUGUGAUGACAGUAACAGCAACAGAUUAUGAUGAUCCACGCACUGAUAAUGCUCGACUUGAGUAUGGCAUUGUGAUAAAUAAGGAAAUUGAUGGUGAACCGGUUUUCCGGAUUGUUCCAAGUAACGGAAAAAUCUAUGCAAUGCGAAAAAUGGAUCGUGAAUUACCGUCUGAAAAACAAUUUACUAUUGAAGUUCGAGCUAUUGACAAAGGUAUACCAUCACUUGAAGGAAGAGGGAAUGUAACAAUUCGAGUGAUGGAUGUGAACGAUAAUGAACCAUACUUCGAGAGAGAAUUAUAUGUUGGAUCGGUUGUUGAAACGGCAUCCGUUGGUUCAGCGGUUAUCAGUGUAUCCGCUUUGGAUAAGGAUACCGAAGCAAGGUAA